AUGUUGAGUGACUUUGUUAAGAAAGUGUCUAAACAAACCCUGAUGGAGCUCUUGGAGGCCCUCGUAACUGACGGUGUCUUGGAUGAGCGGGACAAGAAGUCGAUACUGGAGGAGAACCACACCAGAGUAAAUAAGGCCAGCGGCCUUGUCUACAUUGUGAAUGAAAAGGGAAAGGAAGUCUGCAAUAAGAUGAUCAAUCAUCUUCAAACCAUAAAUCCUUCACUUUCCUCUGAGCUGAAUGUGUCCGCCGGUCUAUCUGCCGCAGGUAUGUUAAAGUCUAAGCUGAAGGAGAAGCACCAGCAUGUGUUUGAGGGGAUCCUUAAAGCAGGAAAGAAAACCCUUCUGGAGCAGAUCUACACGGAGCUCUACAUCACUGAGGGAGGGACCGGAGAGGUCAACCAUGAACAUGAAGUCAGACAGAUUGAAGCAGCUUCCAGAAAACCAGACAGAGCAGAAACAACCAUCAGACAGGAAGACAUCUUUAAACCCCCACCUGGAACAGAUGAACAAAUCAGAACAGUGAUGAUGAAGGGAGUGGCCGGCAUUGGGAAAACAGUCCUAACACAGAAGUUCAGUCUGGACUGGGCUGAAGGCAGAACCAACCAGGACAUCCAGUUCCUGCUUCCAUUCACCUUCAGAGAGCUGAAUGUGCUGAGAGAGGAGAAGUUCAGCUUGGUGGAACUAGUUCAUCACUUCUUCUCUGAAACCAAAGGAAUCUGCAGCUUUGAAAAGUUCCAGGUCGUGUUCAUCUUUGACGGUCUGAAUGAGAGUCGACCUCCUCUGGACUUCCACAACUCUACAAUCGUCAGUGACCCCAGAAGAUCCACCUCAGUGGACGUGCUGCUGACCAACCUCAUCAGGGGGAACCUGCUUCCUUCUGCUCGUCUCUGGAUCACCACACGACCCGCAGCAGCCGAUCAGAUCCCUCCUGACAGUGUUGACAUGGUGACAGAAGUCAGAGGGUUCACUGACCCACAGAAGGAGGAAUACUUCAGGAAGAGGAUCAGAGGAGAGGAGCAGACCAGCAGGAUCAUCUCCCACAUCAAGACCUCACGGAGCCUCCACAUAAUGUGCCACAUCCCAGUGUUCUGCUGGAUCACUGCUACGGUCCUGGAGAACGUCCUGAAAACCAGAGAGGGAGGGGAGCUGCCCAAGACCCUGACUGAGAUGUACAUCCACUUCCUGGUGAUCCAGGCCAAACUGAAGAGGGUCAAGUAUGACGGAGGAGCUGGGACGGAUCCACACUGGAGUCCAGAGAGCAGGAAGAUGGUGGAGUCUCUGGGAAAACUGGCUUUUCAGCAGCUGCAGAAAGGAAACCUGAUCUUCUAUGGACCAGACCUGAGAGAGUGUGGCAUCAAUGUCAGAGAGGCUUCAGUGUACUCAGGAGUGAUCACCCAGAUCUUUAGAGAGGAGAGCAGCCUGUACAAGGACCAGGUCUUCUGCUUCAUCCAUCUGAGUGUCCAGGAGUUUCUGGCUGCUCUUCAUGUCCAUCAGACCUUCAUCAGCUCUGGGGUCAACCUGCUGGAUGAACAGAGAAACACAGAGACUGACCUCUACCAGACAGCUGUGGACAAGGCCUUACAGAGUCUAAACGGACACCUGGACUUGUUCCUUCGCUUCCUCCUAGGUCUUUCACUGGAGACCAAUCAGAACCUCCUACGUGGUCUGAUUACAUUAAACCAAAGAAGUUCACAGAACAAUCAGGAAACAGUUGAAUACAUCAAGAAGAAGAUCACUGAGGAUCUGUCUGCAGAGAGAAGCAUUAACCUGUUCCACUGUCUGAAUGAACUGAAUGAUCGGUCUCUGGUGGAGGAGGCCCAAGAGUCCCUGAGGUCUGGAAGUCUCUCCACAGAUAAACUGUCUCCUGCUCAGUGGUCGGCUCUGGUCUUCGUCUUACUGUCAUCAGAUCUGGAGGUGUUUGACCUGAAGAAGUUCUCAGCUUCAGAGGAGGCUCUGCGGAGGCUGCUGCGGGUGGUCAAAGCCUCCAAGAAAGCUCUGUUGAGUGGUUGUAACCUCUCAGAGGACAUCUGUCCACUUCUGUCCUCAGUUCUCAGCUCUCAGUCCUCCAGUCUGACAGAACUGGACCUGAGUAACAACGACCUGCAGGAUUCUGGACUGAAGAAGCUGUGUCCUGGACUGGAGAGUCCACACUGUCACCUGGAGUCUCUCAGGUUGAGUGACUGUAAACUCUCAGAGGACAUCUGUCCACUUCUGUCCUCAGUUCUCAGCUCUCAGUCCUCCAGUCUGACAGAACUGGACCUGAGUAACAACGACCUGCAGGAUUCUGGACUGAAGAAGCUGUGUCCUGGACUGGAGAGUCCACACUGUCACCUGGAGUCUCUCAGGUUGAGUGACUGUAAACUCUCAGAGGACAUCUGUCCACUUCUGUCCUCAGUUCUCAGCUCUCAGUCCUCCAGUCUGACAGAACUGGACCUGAGUAACAACGACCUGCAGGAUUCUGGACUGAAGAAGCUGUGUCCUGGACUGGAGAGUCCACACUGUCACCUGGAGUCUCUCAGGUUGAGUGACUGUAAACUCUCAGAGGACAUCUGUCCACUUCUGUCCUCAGUUCUCAGCUCUCAGUCCUCCAGUCUGACAGAACUGGACCUGAGUAACAACGACCUGCAGGAUUCUGGACUGAAGAAGCUGUGUCCUGGACUGGAGAGUCCACACUGUCACCUGGAGUCUCUCAGGUUGAGUGACUGUAAACUCUCAGAGGACAUCUGUCCACUUCUGUCCUCAGUUCUCAGCUCUCAGUCCUCCAGUCUGACAGAACUGGACCUGAGUAACAACGACCUGCAGGAUUCUGGACUGAAGAAGCUGUGUCCUGGACUGGAGAGUCCACACUGUCACCUGGAGUCUCUCAGGUUGAGUGGCUGUAACCUCUCAGAGGACAUCUGUCCACUUCUGUCCUCAGUUCUCAGCUCUCGGUCCUCCAAACUGACAGAACUGGACCUGAGUAACAACGACCUGCAGGAUUCUGGACUGAAGAAUCUGUGUCUUGGACUGGAGAGUCCACACUGUCACCUGGAGUCUCUCAGACUGUCAGGCUGUCUGAUCUCAGAGGAAGGAAGUUCUUCUCUGGUCUCAGCUCUGACCUCCAACCCCUCCCACCUGAGAGAGCUGGACCUGAGCUACAACCAUCCAGGGGAAUCAGCACAGAAGCUUCUGUCUAGACUGGAGGAUCCCCGCUGGAGACUGGACACUCUCAGGGUGGAGCCUGCUGGACAACGAUGGUUGACACCAGGUCUGAAGAAGUAUUCCUGUCAACUCACCAUCGACACAAACACAAUCCACAACACCAUCAAACUGUCUGACAACAACAGGAAGGUGAAACAUGUAAUGGAGGAUCAGUCAUAUCCUGAUCAUCCAGACAGGUUUGAUUCCUGGCGUCAGCUGCUGUGUAGAGAAGUUCUGACGGGUCGUUGUUACUGGGAGGUCCAGAGGAGAGGAGAAGUUUCUGUAUCAGUGAGUUACAGAAGAAUCAGCAGGAAAGGAACCUCUCGUGACUGUGUGUUUGGAGGGAACGAUCAUUCCUGGAGUCUGUCCUGUUCUGAUGAUGGUCGGUACUCUGUCUGGCACAAUGACAGAGAAACAUAUCCCUCCUCCUCUCCCUCAGUCUCUGACAGAGUAGCAGUGUACGUGGACGUUCCUGCUGGAACUCUUUCCUUCUACAGCGUCUCCUCUGACAGACUGAUCCUCCUCCACACCUUCAACACCACAUUCACUGAACCUCUCUAUCCUGGGUUCAGGUUCGGGUCUGGUUCUGGUUCUGGUUCUUCAGUGUAUCUGUGUUGAGUUCAGUCUCCAGAGUCUCCUCCCGUCAGAGAAACUGUCUCUGUUGGACGGAUAGUUGAGUCUGUACAUGUCUGUCUCUGUUUCCAUCAGAACACAUGAAUCACACGUUGGUGAAACUGUUCUGAAUGAUUCCUUGGAAACUUCUUCCUCUUCCGGUCCUUUAAAGGUGGAAGGUGGAAGGUAAUUAAAAAAUGAAGAGGUUUGCAACAGCAGCAGACAGACACGAUAAAAUUAGAUGUUGCCCACAAGGCAAAGAACAAUGAAUGAAUAAAGAAAGUACCAAAUCAAGGGCAGGGUUUCUAAUAAAUAGAAAAAAAUACGUUAAGAGCAGGAUAGACCUCAGUAAUAAUUAAAAAAUAUUAAGAUUUGUUUAAAAGACAGACAGCAGCAGGGACAAAGCUGCUCCUGUAGUUCUGAGUUCCGGGGACUAUAACACCGUGUCGUAAUAACUGCAUGCGAUGUGAGCGAGCGAAAAAAUCUUGAGGUCGGUCCUCAAGAUGGCGCUGACAACUAAAAAUGUCACGUGACUGAUCCCCGAGUUCUUUGUAUCUGCACUCGAUUGCUGUUCCUCCAGAAGACCCGGAUGUCUGGCACAGUAGAAUUGAAAUUGAAUUUCA